CCUAAAAACCGGAAUAUCCGGUUGUUGGGGACUCGGCAGAGGCUACUUGCUUCCGCCUUACCACUCAAACAAGCUCAUUGAAUACGGUAUUGCAGUCACAAGAUGAAGGCUUUUACUAAACUCUUAAUAGUUGGUGCUAUAGGAGUAGCUUUUGUUGCUUUCCAAUGGAGUGGUCCCAGAUUGGACUCAGAGUCUUUAAAGGGUGCACGGGUCCUGGUGACUGGUGCCAGUACAGGUAUAGGUGAACAAAUGGCAUAUCACCUUGCCAGCUUUGGUGCCCAGGUGGUUAUUACAGCCAGGAGGGAGAAGGUUCUACAGCAGGUAGUAGAGAAGUGCCAGGGUUUGGGGGCCCAGAAAGCUCUGUACGUAGCAGCAGACAUGGCCAAUCCUUCUGACCCAGAGAGAGUGGUGCAGUUUGCUGUGGACAAGCUGGGAGGACUGGACUACCUGGUGCUGAACCACAUAGGUUCCAGCCCAUUUGCCAUGUGGGACGGAGAUGUGGAGCACACUAGAUGGUUAAUGCAGGUAAAUUUCCUCAGCUAUCUGCAGAUGGCGAAGACUGCUCUGCCCACCCUUGAGCAGAGUAGCGGUUCCAUUGUGGUCGUCUCCUCCUUAUUAGGAAAAUUUUGCAGCCCGUUCAUGGCCCCCUACACAUCCACAAAGUUUGCCCUGAACGGUUUCUUUGGGACGCUGCAGCAUGAGCUGGCCAUGCAGAAGAGCAACGUGUCCAUUACUAUCACCGUCCUGGCCCUGAUCGAUACAGACUCGGCUAUGGAGAAAGUCAAGGGGUUCACCAACAUACCAGCCUGGCCGGCCAGUGAGGCAGCGCUUCACAUCAUCACUUCUGGAGCCACUCGUCAGACAGAGUCUUACUACCCCUGGUUCUGGUAUUAUGGCUCUCUCAUCAGAGACUGGUUCCCCUACUUAAGGGAUAUAUCUAUACGAAACUUUUAUAAAUAUUAAACAUAUGCUUGAAAUAUACGUUAUAAUGAGAGAAAAAAAUCAAGAAAGCAUACAGUAUUAUUAUUAUUUUUUUAUUUCACCUUUAUUUAACCAGGUAGGCCAGUUGAGAACAAGUUCUCUUUUACAACUGCGACCUGGCCAAGAUAAAGCAAAGGAGUGUGACACAAACAACAACAGAGUUACACAUGGAAUAAACAAACAUACCGUUAAUAACACAAUAGAGAAAAAAAUAUAUAAAUUAUAUAGAGCCCUUAUUGCAUGGAACUUCCUUCCAUCUCAUAUUGCUCAAAUAAACAGCAAACCUGGUUUGAAAAAACAGACAAAGCAACACCUCACAGCACAUCGACUCUCCCCUAUUGGUCUAGAUAGUUUGUGUGUAUGCAUUGAUAUGUAGGCUGUGUGUGCCUUUAAAAACAAAUGUAUGUAGUUCUGUCCUGCUGUUCUUGUUUAUUGAUGUUCUGUAUUACAGUGGCUUGUGAAAGUAUUCACCCCCUUGGCAUUUUUCCUAUUUUGUUGCCUUACAACCUGGAAUAAAAAUAGAUUUUGGGGGGCUUGUAUAAUUUGAUUUACACAAGAUGCCAACCACUUUGAAGAUGCAAAAUAUUUUUUAUUGUGAAACAAACAAGAAAUAAGACAAAAAAACGGAAAACUUGCAGCUGAGAGUGCAUAUUAGUUGAAGUCGGAAGUUUACAUACACUUAGGUUGGAGUCAUUAAAACUCAUUUUUCAACCACUCCACAAAUUUCUUGAUAACAAACUAUGGUUUUGGCAAGUCGGUUAGGACAUCUACUUUGUGCAUGACACAAGUAAUUUUUCCAACAAUUGUUUAUAGACAGAUUAUUUCACUUAUAAUUCACUGUAUCACAAUUCCAAUGGGUCAGAAGUUUACAUACACUAAGUUGACUGUGCCUUUAAACAGCUUGGAAAAUUCCAGAAAAUUAUGUCAUGGUUUUAGAAGCUUCUGUUAGGCUAAUUUACAUUAUUUGAGUGAAUUGGAGGUGCACUUGUGGAUGUAUUUCAAACUCAGUGCCUCUGCUUGACAUCAUGGGAAAAUCAAAAGAAAUCAGCCAAGACCUCAGAAAAACAAUUGUAGACCUCCACAAGUCUGGUUCAUCCUUGGAAGCAAUUUCCAAACGCCUGAAAGUACCACGUUCAUUUGUACAAACAACAGUACGCAAGUAUAAACAUCAUGGGAUCAAGCAGCCGACAUACCUGACCUCAAUACUAAAUAAAAUUUGUGAGCAGAACUGAAAACGCAUGUGUGAGCAAGGAGGCCUACAAACCUGACUCAGUUACACCUGCUCUGCCAGGAGACAUUCACCCAACUUAUUGUGGGAAGCUUGUGGAAGGCUACCUGAAACAUUUGACCCAAGUUAAACAAUUUAAAGGCAAUUCUACCAAAUACUCAUUGAGUGGAUGUAAACUUCUGACCCACUGGGAAUGUUUUAUUUAUUUGACCUUUAUUUAACCAGGCGAGUCAGUUAAGAACAAAUUCUUAUUUUCAAUGACGGCCUAGGAACAGUGGGUUAACUGCCUGGUCAGGGACAGAUCAACAGAUUUGUACCUUGUCAGCUCGGGGAUUUGAACUUGCAACCUUUCGGUUACUAGUCCAACGCUCUAACCACUAGGAUAUAAAAUAAAUCAAUGCUGAAAUAAAUGAUUCUCUCUACUAUUAUUCUGACAUUUCACAUUCUUAUAAUAACGUGGUGAUCCUAACUGACCUAAGACAGGGACUUUUUACUAGGAUUAAAUGUUAGGAAUUGUGAACAACUGAGUUUAAAUGUAUUUGGCUAAGGUGUAUGUUAACUUCCGACUUCAACUUUAUGUGAGUGAGUGAGUGAGUGAGUGAGUGAGUGAGUGAGUGAGUGAGUGAGUGAGUGAGUGAGUGAGUGAGUAAAAAAAAACAAUUCUAGAUUGCAGCAGGUAGCAACAAGAAGAAGCGCUGUGAUGUGUGUGGUCCCAAGAUGUACAGGAAGACACCGUACACAUGCAUCAAGUGCAAGAAAUACAUUUGCAACACACACAGAAAAACUCUGUCCCUCAUGUGGUGUGUAGACUGGCCUUAAUUUGUGUUCAAUGGAGCUUAUUUAUCAUUUCCAUCAAAUACUGUAUGUAAAAUUUGUCCUUCUAAUUUGUUCAGUGUAAUAAACAUAAAUAGUGAU